AUGCAAUUUCGCAACCCAUUUAGAGAGGACUUGAACCAAGACGGCGUCCCAGAUUGGGCGGAAAACCCCCAGGCGCAGGGCCCGGACUACGAUGGCGACGGGGUCCCAGACAAUGUAGAUGGCGACGCUGAUGGGGACGGUGUGCCAGACGCUGCUAAUUGGAACGCCGCCCCUGCCGGCGUCGGCUUUGAGAGCGGCGGCUUUGAGGGGGGCUGCGGCGGCGGCGCGCCGGACUACGAUGCUGAUGGCGUCCCUGAUUACGCCGAUGCCGACGCUGACGGCGACGGCGCCGCGGACGCCAACACCUGGGAAGCUGGAGAUGGAGGCGGCGGCGAUGAUGGCGGCGGCGGCUUCGACGACGGCGGCGGUGAUGAUUUUGGCGGCGGCGACGACUUUGGUGGUGGUGAUGAGUGA